AAUAUCAAAUAACAAUUGCGAAUAAAUUCGUAUAUUUCAGAUCAUGAAAACAAAUUAAAUUUACGUUGUGAUGAGAAAUCUAGUGCUAAAAAGGAAAUGAACGCACCCUCUUCUUCACAAGACACACCAUUCCUUCUGAUUGGGAUUCUUUGCGGAGCAUUUCUCCUUGUUUCUGUGGCGAUUGUUAUUGCUAUUGUCGUCCUACGUCGCCGAAGGUCCAAACGGACCACCAUCCACACAACACAGGGAACGGCUCAGUCAAACGAUGCAGAAAAGACUAAUAAUCCUGAAGCAACAGAAGACGAAACAGGAGAGGAAACGGGGCUAAAAGAAAACCCUUUGUAUCAAUCCGCAGAUAACUCUCAUUAUACAUACAUUGACUGUAACGACAUCACUAGAGGUGAUAACACUGUUGCCAGCGUGUAUGAAUAA